AUGAAGCGUCCAGUGUUCGGGGUCUGCGCUGUUUUCACAGUCUGGACUUUGUUUUCGGCGCCGUCGGGUUCCUCAUACCCUCUUGAAGUAGGAACAGAAUCGGCCAAGCUGAGUUUCGUGGAGGAGUUCGGUCGGGUUGAGCUCGGGUUCAGCUGGCGCAACAUGUCCUGCGCGGUGUGUAAAGCGCUCUUCGCCACGGUUGACAUCGCGCUGCUGGUGAGACAAACCUCUGAUCUAAGCAAAGCUCUGUCUGUCUCCGCUGGUCUCUCUCAGGUCCACAUCAUCGGUCACAUCCCCCCGGGACUCUGCCUGAGCAGCUGGAGUUGGAAUUACUAUCAUAUAGUGAACAGAUAUGAAAGCACCAUAACUGGUCAGUUUUUCGGACACACUCAUGUCGAUGAAUUUCAGAUGUUCUAUGAUGAAGAUACAUUGACACGUCCACUAAGUGUGGCUUUCAUUGCCCCAAGUGUGACCACUUACGUCAACCUGAACCCAGGUACUCACUAAACCAUAAUAGUUGAUAUAUAU